CUGCAACAUUUUCUUCUGGAUUAUAUGUCUCAUAGGCCCUUAGUUCCACACUCUUUCAUCAAUAGCCUUUGGCCUUCAUUCCCAUAUUUUAGUAUCUAGUGAUUUGAAUCCUAAUUGGACUUUUUGAUCAAUCAUAACUUAUCAUUUUUUCAUUCUUUUUUACUACCUUUAGAUUUAUAACUUUUCUUCAUUUCAAAUGGGUGUCAAAGGAUUUGUUGAGGGUGGCAUAGCAUCCAUAAUUGCAGGAUGUUCUACUCACCCUCUUGAUCUCAUUAAAGUCCGUAUGCAGUUACAGGGCGAAAACCCUUCCGUUCUCGCCUUGAACGGCCACGGCAGCGCAUCAGUUGCGCUGCCGCGGCAUGCUGGACCUGUAUCGGUCGGUGUCAAGAUAUUUCAAACGGAAGGAGUUGCUGCUUUGUUUUCGGGUGUAUCUGCUACCGUCCUUCGUCAAACGUUAUACUCGACCACCAGAAUGGGUCUCUACGAGAUCUUUAGGGAAAAAUGGGCUGACCCGAAUACGGGCAACCUUUCAUUAACCAAAAAAAUUGGUUCCGGGUUAUUAGCUGGUGGAAUUGGUGCAGCCGUCGGGAACCCAGCUGACGUUGCAAUGGUUAGAAUGCAAGCAGACGGGAGGCUCCCGGUGGCUGAACGAAGAAACUACAAAGGCGUAGGUGACGCCAUCACCAGAAUGGUGAAACAAGAAGGCGUCACCAGCCUUUGGAGAGGUUCAUCAUUGACCGUGAACCGGGCAAUGAUAGUAACCGCAUCUCAACUAGCAUCUUAUGAUCAAAUCAAAGAAACAAUUUUAUCAAAAGGGGUCAUGAAAGACGGGUUAGGGACACAUGUGACAGCAAGUUUUGCAGCUGGGUUUGUGGCAUCUGUGGCGUCGAAUCCAGUGGAUGUGAUUAAGACUAGGGUCAUGAACAUGAAAGUGGUCGAAGGGGUUGAGCCGCCAUAUAAAGGAGCUAUUGAUUGUGCUGUUAAAACGGUUAAAGCGGAAGGGCCAAUGGCCUUAUAUAAAGGGUUCAUACCAACCAUUUCAAGACAGGGUCCAUUUACUGUUGUGCUCUUUGUGACACUUGAACAAGUUCGUAAAUUGCUCAAGGACUUUUAAGGCUUGGAAAGAUUAUAUUAUUAAGCUAAAUUGAUCAUAGUGAUGAUGAUGAAGAAAUAGUUUAAUAAAAUAUAUCUAUGAAAUCUAUAGUUAUGGUUUUUGACUACAUAUCAAGUAUUGGUUAUAAAUUGGUCAACUUUAUUCAAA